CACGCCUCACACCGCCCCGAGAAAAUGACUGGGCGUCGGGGCCGGACAGGCCCGUUGCAGAGCGCCCUGCGUCGGAGCCGGGAGUUGCGGGAACAGGUGAGUGCUUUGCUUCAAGAGAGCAAGGAAGCAAGGACUAUGGAUCUUGCGAAAAAGAAAAAUCUUAGUCAGAGAUGUUUGGAGCUGAAGAAAGCUGUUGAUGAAAAUGCUUUUACUCUUCAGAACCUGAAGAAAUCAGACGAGCCUGCACCUGUAGGAAAUUAUCAUCAAAGAAAAGAAGAAGAAGAAAAGCAAUUGUUGAAGCUUUCUCAGCAACUGGAGAAACUUGCUUCAAUCCUUAGCCGAGAACUUGUGAUGAAGAGCUCCAAUGUAGAUGAAAAAAGGAAAGUUAGCUCAAAGAUCCAACAGGAAAAAGAGACAGAGGAAGAUGAAGAAGAAGAAUGUGAUGAAGAUAGUACGGAAGAUGAGGAGGAGGAAGAGGAGGAGGAGGAAGAUGAUGACGACAACGAUGAAAGCAAACUGGGAGAUGAUUCCACUGUUAAAAAUUUUAUCACUCUUGGUGAUUUUGCUGCUCAGCAAGAAGGGGAUCUGACGUUUAAAAAAGGCGAGUUACUUCUUAUAACUGACAAAAAGCCUGAUGGCUGGUGGCUGGCUCAAAAUUCCAAAGGGGAGAGUGGCCUUGUGCCUAAAACCUAUCUGAUGAUAUAUGACAAAGAAAGAGUAUGCCAAGAACCAAGUGAUGACGAAACAGAAGAAGACAUAGAGGUAGCAGAUGAAACAGCUGGGGGAGCCAAAAUUCUGAAAAGAACAGACUCACACUGGAGUGCUGUUAAAAAAGCUAUUACAGAAAAUAAUACCUUAGAUGCACUGACCACCAUGGGAGCAGUUCCAGCUGGAUUUCGACCGUCAACACUUGCACAACUCUUGGAAGAAGGAGUUCAGUUUCAAGCCCAUUACUUCUUGCAACCUGAACUCACACCUACGAAUCUCGGUUUCCGAGAUCUUGUGUGGAACCCCGAGAAAGGCACUAUGCAGCCCAGGCCAACUCGGAUAUCACUAAUUUUGACACUGUGGAACUGUAAAGCAAUUCCCUUUCCUGGACUGAGCAUACAGGUCCUCAGUAGGCAUAUUCGACUUUGCCUUUUUGAUGGUAACAGAGUCUUGAGUAAUAUUCAUACAGUUAGAGCUACAUGGCAACCUAAAAAUCCCAAAACAUGGACUUUUUCUCCACGGGUCACUGGCAUCUUACCGUGUCUCCUUGAUGGUGAUUGUUUUGUUAGGUCCAAUUCUCCAUCUCCAGAUAUUGGCAUAUUAUUUGAACUUGGGAUCACCUAUAUACGCAAUUCAACAGGUGAAAGAGGAGAAUUAAGCUGUGGCUGGGCAUUUCUAAAACUUUUUGACUCCAGUGGAAUUCCAGUCUCCUUCAAAACAUACGAGUUGCUUUUGAAUGGUGGGACUCCAUAUGAAAAAGGGGUUGAGGUAGACCCAUCAAUUUCAAGAAGAGCCAGCUUUGGCGUCUUCCACCAGAUGAUAGCACUGAGGAAGCAACCUCAACUUCUAGUGAAAUUGAGGACACUGAACACACAGUCCAAAGACAUAUUGAACCUGCUGCCAGAAGUGUUAGUUGGCAGUAUGUGCUACAUACACCUCCUACUGUUUUAUCGGCAGAUUCUUGGUGAUGUGCUCCUCAAGGACAGGAUAAACAUGCAAAAUGCAGAUUUGAUCAGCAAUCCAAUUUUGUCAACUUUUCCCAAACUCAUGGAGCAGCCUGAUCUUAUAGAUGCACUUAGGAGUGCCUGGGCAGAAAAGGAAAGCACACUAAAGAGAUCUGAAAAGAGGGACCAAGAGUUUUUGAAAUCUGUGUUCACCCUGGUAUACCACGAUUCCGUCUUCCCUCUACUCCAGUCCCUGCUGCUUCCUGAGUAUAGGUGGGCGGAAGAGGAGUCAGAAGGCACCCGCUGGCGAAUGAUUGCUGAUUUCCUGAAGCAGAACCGCGAAAGAGAUGGUGCUUUAUCCUCACUGCUGUCACCAGAUGGCCUUCACAAAGCUUUUGAUAUCACAGAGAUUGCAUUUGAUUUCCUAGGGAAGACACAAAAGAACGAUCCCUGAAUUUGAAUGGAUUUCAGGGUCAUGAAUCUCUGCCAAUUGCCAUGGUAGUAAGAAUAGACUGAACACUCAGAAAACCUAGCCAAAAAAAAGGGAGGGGGGAUUUUAUAGGUUUUUAUAUUGUGAUUUUUUUUAAAAAUUCUAUUUUAAAAUCAAUUUAUAAGUAUAUAUCAUGUUA